AUGGCAGUCCUGAGAGAUCAUUAUUUUAAAUUGGGUUCUGAAUUACCCAAAGAACGUUUGAAUGCAGCCACUCUGUUAAUUUCAGAAUUAGUUGCUGCAGAUAAUGAAGAAGAAUGGUCAUAUGCGUUGAAUAGAUUACUUAAAGGGAUUUUAACUACUAGACAAUCAGCAAAAUUUGGUUUUAGUAUGGCAUUAACUGAAGUUGUCAAUGAAUUAAAUAAUCGGGGAACUUUAACUGUUGGGAAAUAUUUAGAUUUACUUGUUGAAACUACAAAAUUAACCAGUUCAAUGAAAGGUAAAGAACAACGAGCAGUUUUAUUUGGUAGGCUAUUUGGUUUACAAGUAUUAAUUAAUUCUCAAAUUAUUAUUUUGAAAAGUGAACCGGAAGAUAUGUUACAAUUUGUUGAAAUUUUAAUGGAAUUGAGUAAUUUUAAAAAUUGGAUUCGAGAAACUGGAAUUUUCACCUUGAUACAAUUUAUAAAAUUAUUAGAUAACAGUAAUGUUGAAUAUAGUAAGAAAAUUUAUAUCAAGAUAUUGAAUAUGGUUAAUAAUUUGGGAUUGAAUUUAUCAACUGAAGGUUUAGCAAUUUAUUUAUCAAUUCCUCAAAGUGCCCAAUUAUCACAAAAUGUAUCUAAUAUGAAAGCAAAUUGGAAAAAUGGUGAUCCAUUCUAUAAGGGAAAUUUACCAAUAUUAGCCAAAGUUUUGAAAGAUGUUGAGGUAAUCAGUGAUGAAGAAACAGGGGAUGACCAAAAGAAGAAAAAUCAACAAAAGAGUAGUUGGAAUUCUCGGUUACCAUUUGUGUGGGAUUUAAUCGUUGCCAAAUUCAAUCAAGUUGCUGAUGAUUCAAAUGUUGAAGAUGAAAUGCAAGACCUGUUGGUCACUUCAAAGAAGAGAAAGAAAACCACAUCACCAAAGCAUAAUAAUAAACGUGCUAAAAUAGAACCAGAAUAUAUUUCAUUAAAAGAAUUCUGGAAAGUUGUUGUUGAUGAAACUUUAUUUUCAGAAAAAUCAUCUAAUGAACGUAAAUAUUGGGGGUUUGAAAUUUUUACUAAAUUUGUCACAUCUUUAGAGACAACCUCACUGGUUCAAUAUUUAUUUACACCAAAUUUUAUGAGAUGUUUAAUCAAUCAACAUGCAUCAUCAACGAGAAUGUUAUACAAGAUUGCUCAACAAACUUUAAAAACUCUUGUUAAAACCAUUCGAGAAACCAAGCCUGAAUUGGGUCCUAUUGUUUUACUGUGUUUAUUAGAUGAAUCUAAAGGUGGAUGUUGGAAUUUUGAUCUAAUUAGUAAAUCUCAUACCAUUGAUGAAAUUUUACAAAUAAAAACAAAUGUUAAUCAAUAUAUCAAUAUUUUAUUAGAGAAUUUUACUAUCAAAUUACAAACUCAAACAACUUUGGAUGAUACUAGCAACAAUAAUAAAAAUUCCAAUGAUAAUAUUUUAAAAUGGUAUUUGGAUAAAAUUGUUUCCUUAAUUAAACAUAAUAACAAUAAUCAACACAAAUUAUCUGAUACUAUUUUGGAAUCUAUUUUAACAAAAUUACUUCAAUAUUCAUUUUUCGACACCAAUGAUAUUAAAAUAUCAAAAUUUUUACAAUCUAUUUGUAAAGAAAAAUUCAAUUCAAUAUUAUCAGAAAUUAUCACUUUAAAACUUUCCCAUAGAAAUUAUAAAACUUGGUCAACAUUUUGUUAUAAAAUCAUUGACAAAUUAUCUCAAGAUCCGGAAAACAAAUGUCUUGUUGAAUUUGAUGAUGAAAUAUCUAUAGUUAAACAAGAAACUGAAGAAUUAUUAUCCACCAUCAUUGAAUUAAACACCAAAUCUUCAGAUAAAUUGUAUAUUUUUGAAUUAAUGUUUUCAAUGUGUUUGAUUCAAUUGUAUAUGGAAGAUGAAGAGACUAUCCAGGUGAUUAAUGAAUUGAAAUUAGUAUUUGAAAAUCAAUUUACUACCGCCAACAAAGAUGACAACGAAGAAGAUGACAACAAAGUAGAUGAUAAUUUAGUGUUGACUGAAAUUGUAUUGAGUUUUAUUUCAAGAAAAUCUACUUUAUUUAAAAAAUUGUCAGUUCUAGUUUGGGAAAACUUUUUAUGUCAAGUUGAUGAGAUUGGGAAACUACGUGUCAAUGAAGCAUGUUUUAAACUAUUAUUUGAUGUAUUAGAAGCCAAAGAGAAUAAACAAGGUCAAGAAAAACUUUUUGAGGGAGAUGGGGAAUUCCAAGAAAGUGACGGUGAUGAAGAAGACGAGGAGGAGGAUGAAGAGGCCGAAGAAGCCGAAGAUAACAACGAGAAUGAUAGCAGUAGUGAUAUUGAUAGUGAUAGUGACAAUGACAGCGACAAUGUCAGUGAGUUAGACAACAAUGAAGAUACUAUCACUGAAAUUGACAAACAAACUAAUUUAAAACUAGCUCAAGCUUUAGGAAUCCCCACCAAGGAAUCAGGUGAAGUUAAAUUUGAUGAGUUAGAUGACCUUUCUUCCGAUGAUGAUUAUGAAUCUGAUUCAAUGGACGAUGAACAAAUGAUGGCAAUGGAUGAUCAAUUAUCGAAAAUUUUCAAACAACGACAGGACACAAUAACUAAUUUGGCCACUGGUAACAAACGUAAAUUGGAAGUUUUAGAAGCUAAGGAAAAUAUGAUUUUCUUCAAGAAUCGAGUAUUAGAUUUAUUAGAGACUUUUAAUAAAGUCGCAGUAAACCUGCAUUUUAAUUUGGCAUUCAUUGAACCUUUGAUUAAUUUGAUGAAUUUGACAUUAGAUAAAAAUUUGGGAGUUAAAGCUCAUAAAUUAUUGAAAAAUAAAAUCUCCAAAACUAAAAUUGACAGUGAAGAAUUAAAGAAAUAUUAUAAUGAUGAUCCAUUGGAAUAUUACCAUCAAUUAAUCAAUUUAAUUGAGGAAUUACAAACAAAGGCAAACACUACACAACCAUCUAAUCAAUCAGUUGUACAAAGUUAUAAUCAAAGUUGUAUUAUCAUUGCCAAAAACUUGUUGAAUUUAGAUGAAUCAAAUAUGCAAGCAAUUGUUGAUAUUUAUUGCAACUCAUUAAAACAAUGGUGUUUACAAUCUGAAAGCAAAUUGCAACCUUCUUUGUUUUUCGAUUUCAUCAAUUGGGUCAACAGUAAGAAGAGUAAUGCUUCUCAUAAUCAAAACCAAAACCAGAAACAAAAACAUAAAUCUUAG